GAUGGAGACAAGCUCUCCUGCCAGCUGGGAAAGCCACCUGUGGUGCAGAGAGGACCAAUGUGUGCUACCAGAAGGGGAUGCAGCAGGAUCUUGUCUGGUCUCCUUAUUUAAACCCUGGGAAUGCCUCUCUAACCCAUCGUACAGAGGCAGGAUUAAACCUGGACCAUUUCUGACAGAGGUUCUGAGAAACCACAGGAGGCCUGAGACCUAAAGGGAAGGUGCAGAGCUCUGAGCGGAGAGCAGAGAAAGUAGCAGAGCGCGGGGCAGGAGGACAGCGUGCCUCCGGGACGGGCUCACGCAGGGAGGCCAGCCAGCAUCCCAGGGCAGGCAGAGGAGGACAGGGGGCAAAGCAAAGGGAGAAAGAGAGAAGCCGGGCACACCGUGAGCAUAAAGGAAGCUGAAGAGGCCCUGGGAGCCAGAGACGGGAGCCAUGCCCCACAGCUCCGACAGCAGCGACUCCAGCAGCUCCAGCCAGUCUCCCCCUCCCAGCAAGCAGGACUCUUCCGAUGACAUGAGGAAAGUCCAGAGGAGGGAGAAGAACCGCAUUGCUGCCCAGAAGAGCCGCCUGCGGCAGACCCAGAAAGCAGACACGCUGCACUUGGAGAGCGAAGACCUGGAGAGGCAGAACGCGGCCCUGCGCCGGGAGAUCCGGCAGCUGACGGAGGAGAUGAAGCACUUCACCUCGGUGCUGAGCUCCCACGAACCGCUCUGCUCCAUCCUGGCGUCGCCCCCGCCGCCGCCCCCAGAGGUGCUUUACGCCACGCACUCCUUCCACCAGCCCCACAUCAGCUCCCCGCGCUUCCAGCACUGAGCGGCCAAGAAGCAACCUCGUGGGGCUCGCUUUUCCAUCCGGAGAGGGACAGACAGACAGACAGACGGCCCUUCUCACAGCGUGUAUGUACUCUGAGUGACUUUGUCCAAGACUUGUUCCCCGUGCAGAAACGGCAGGGCCACCAGGAGGCAUCUUCGGGCAGUUUCCAGCUUGGAUCCUGGGAAGAGGAGCAUUCGCAAAAGGGCACCAACCCCUUCCCCGGUGCUUGCUUGGGGACCCCGCGGGAGCGUGGGCACGGGCAGCCCCCGUGCGAGCUGCGGCGGGAGCAGUGGGAGCUCCGGGCAGAGGAACAGAAGCAGGGGCAGAGGGGAAGGUGGGGGGCCAUAGAGUACCAGGGCAAAACUGGUUUAUUUUUGUAAAAUAAAGAAUGAAAAUGC